UUGGGGAGGGAAAAGCAGGGUAAAGGUUGCUUGGAGAGGCGAAGCAAAAAGCUGGGAGAGUUUCGUUGAGCGAUCUCGCUUCCGAAGCAGCCAUGGCGGAACAACCUAAGCCCCCUCAGGCACCUAUUAGCCCGGUAAAAAACUUCUUCGCGGGUGGCUUCGGAGGCGUCUGUUUGGUCUUCGUGGGACACCCACUGGAUACUAUCAAGGUCAGACUACAAACUCAGCCGAAACCUUUGCCAGGACAGGCUCCUCUUUAUGCUGGGACCUUUGACUGUUUCAGAAAGACUCUUGUGAAAGAGGGUGUCCGUGGCUUGUAUAAGGGGAUGGCAGCCCCCAUUGUUGGAGUCACUCCCAUGUUUGCUGUGUGCUUUUUUGGAUUUGGCUUGGGCAAAAAGCUGCAACAGAAGACCCCAGAUGAUAUCUUGACAUAUCCUCAGCUGUUUGCAGCAGGAAUGUUAUCGGGAGUGUUUACAACUGCAAUUAUGGCACCAGGAGAAAGGAUCAAAUGCCUACUACAGAUCCAAGCAGCCUCCGGUGAAAAAAAAUAUGCGGGCCCCAUGGAUUGUGCCAAACAAUUGUAUCGUGAAGCUGGCAUUCGAGGCGUGUACAAAGGAACAGUGCUCACACUCAUGAGAGAUGUUCCAGCCAGUGGGAUGUACUUCAUGACCUAUGAAUGGCUGAAAACUAUUUUGACACCUCAGGGGCAGAGUGUCAGUGACCUCAGUGUACCCAGAAUACUCUUUGCUGGAGGAAUGGCAGGGAUCUUCAACUGGGCUGUGGGAAUCCCUCCUGAUGUGCUGAAGUCACGGUUCCAGACAGCUCCUCCGGGAAAAUAUCCCAAUGGCUUCAGAGAUGUCCUGCGAGAGCUUGUUCGAGAGGAGGGAGUGAUGUCUCUGUACAAGGGAUUCAGUGCUGUGAUGAUCAGAGCUUUUCCUGCCAAUGCAGCAUGCUUCCUUGGCUUUGAAUUUGCCAUGAAGUUUCUUAACUGGAUGGCACCAGGUUUUUGAUGAUUGAAAAGUACGUUCCUUUAGGAACUCGAGGACAAGGAAAAGAACUGUGGUAAUUGCAUUGGAGGAGAAAAUCAGAAUUAUGAAAUAAGCUACAAAGUGACUCAUUUUUUAUUAAUCUUUUUGCCUUACGCUUUCUGGGUGGUGCCCUUUUUGCCAUUUGGAAUUUUGAGCCAAAUCUCCUUCUGUGGAGAAAUUCGAAAGGAGUUCACAAUCACACACUUGCCUUCUCAAUUCAAAAGUACCAAAGUGGUUAUGCUGUUGAUAGAACAUCUUGCUGCUAUUAAUAGGUAUCAGUGUUUAAUUUUUACUCCUCAUUUUCCUGUGACGAAUAAAGGAAAAUGAUUUUAAUUUCCCUUUUUACAUUAAUAAAAAAUGCAGUGCUGGUUAUGGCACUAAGGACAUUCCAAGAAGUCAUGGGGUGUUUGGAACUGUCCAUAUUGUAUUUAAUUCUCAGGACGGAAUUUAAGUAAUAGAUACACUGAUAUAAAAACAUUUGAUUGCACUUACAGAUGUUUGGUGCUAUUUGCCAUGGUUUCUUGUUAGUUCCUGUGGAAUGAAUGGGAACAUCUGAACAGUUUUGUAUUUCUGUUCAAGCCUUAUUUACUGUAGUAGGCCUUGCAUAUACAACACAAUUGUAGUAUGUUUUGACCAUAUAAGCCUCCCUUUACUGCCUUGUGGUCUCUGACUUAAAGUCUAUGGCAUGCAAUUGCUUCAUUGACAUAAUUAAUAUAAAAAGAAAGCCAACUAGAAGAAUAAUGCAAACAUUAAAGAGCCUUGAAGUCACCAAAUAUAAAUAAGUAUUAAAUUAGUGAAGAUCUGCUAUCUGUUUGUGUAUGAUGAAAAACCUCAAAUAAGUGAAUAGCAGAAACUGGGGUAAAUCCCAAUCAUUUUGGCUGGAAUGAGCAGUCAAUAUAAAAAUGCCUUUCUCUAAAUUCAGCUUUGGUCCUUUCUGGAUAACUAAUAAUAUCUUGAGAGGCAGCUUUACAAGAGAUGAACAAUCUUGUAUAUGGCAUACCAGAAUAUGUAUUUUGGUAUUCCCGGUACCUAUGCUAGGAAUGUAUUACAAUAGUUUCAAAGCAAUUUGUGUGCCACCCUAGCAAGCUUUUAAAGUUGGAGGAGCCUGCAAUAGGAUAACUAACUACAAUGCCAUUCUGUUUUAAUGUGAUCCUCUUGUACACUCAUAUAUGGGCUUUUAAGUACAUCCCAUGUACAAAGAGAAUAAACAGUGUUUACAAAAUGUCUCAAUGGAACAUGCUUAGGACCCAAUAAAAGUUGCGUAUUGGU